AUAAAUAAAUAAAUAAAUAAAUAAAUUAAAAAAAAGAUCCUUUGGUCAGCAUGAAUUAGCUCCAUUAAUAAAUAUGUCAGUGGAAGGUUCUCAUAAGAAUGAACAAACGUGUGUGUGUGUGUGUGUGUGUGUGUAAGGGAAGAGGCUGUUAAAAACAGCUCAUUCAAGUAAAUGUUUAAUAGCCUGAAGCCCCUCCACCCUCCUCCCUUUUUGUCCCCAGACCCACCCUGAUCAUGUUAUUUUAAUUGUAGUCAAGUGUUUUAAAACUCCAGAAGAAAAGCAAUUAUGCUAAUCUCUCUGCUCGCUCAUCAAUCAUUUCCAAUGGAGCUGUCUGAGCUGCGUGGUGAAGUCCUCUCCAGGCAGGCAGGUGUUCCUCUGCUCAUUAAAGUGAGAGAGAGCCCGAGGCUGGCCACUUCCUUCACCGUGCAGGAGAGAGUGUGAAGGAGGAGUGUGAGAGGUGGAGCACACUGCUGCUUCAUCACUGAGCACAUGCAUUAGACCUCAUCUUUACCUUUCAAACAGCCCGUAUGAGGAUGUGCAGGAGUUCAAUAGCAUGAGACGCGUCUGCUGAUGGUUUUAUUUUUGUUCCUGUAAAGUGUCUGCACGUUGUAUUGUUUUUUUUUGUUUGCAUUUUCAUGUUGUGGAGAGAGACCCAACAAAUCAGCUGCAGUUUAUCUGAAGUGAAUCGAAGCUUUAAUCGGAUUUUCCUCCACGCCGCACGAAGAGCUGAUGACCUGAUGACUUUUGCACUGAGAUGCGUUCUUCCCUUUCAUCUCCUCAGGCAUGUCAUACACUGAGUUUGGCUACUCAUAUUCAGCAGCUCCCCAGAUCCUGUUAUCCUCUAAUACUCUGGGUUCCUGCUACGAGUCCGGGAGCGAUUCUCCAUUCGAUUCUGCGCAGACUUCCCUCUACUGCCCGGUGUACGAGGGCACGUUGGUGACAUCCACCAGACACGACCUCACCUCUCCGUAUGAGAACGGAUACACGAAAGAUCACGGGACAUACUGUUCAUACAGAACGGAUUCGACAUGCCUGUAUUCCCUGGGUAAAAUCAGAGAGAAAGGAGACUCAGGAACGGCAAGUACAAGGAUCACACAUGGGUCAACUUAUUACUCCUACAAUCACCCAUUUGGAUACCAGUAUGACUCAUAUGGGUAUGGAUCUGUGGAUGUUAACACGAGAAGGAAGAACGCAACCAGAGAGACCACCAGCACCCUGAAAGCCUGGCUUCAGGAGCACAAAAAGAACCCGUAUCCCACCAAAGGAGAAAAGAUCAUGCUGGCUAUAAUCACCAAAAUGACCUUGACACAGGUGUCCACGUGGUUCGCCAACGCGCGGCGUAGACUUAAGAAAGAGAACAAAAUGACAUGGUCUCCACGCAACAAGACCUCAGAGGAGCGAGGAUGCGAAGAGGAAGCAGAGAAUAUCGAAGGGGAGCCCAUUAAAUCUGAGAAGGAGUUUGAUGAGAACCCAAGGUUGGAUGAUGCAGAUCCAGCACAAAGCGAUUUGGAAGAUUUCACCGACCUCACUGAGUCAGACGCCUCUGAAUGUGAACCGAAACCUUUGUUACCCAUGAGCGCUCAUGCCAUACCACAGAACUGUCCAGGUUAUCGACUCAGAGAACCUCUGCUACAUGAGUCUCCUCCUGAUACAAGGUACAACGGUUUUGAGAAAACCUGCUCAGAAUCAACGACUGAAGAUAGCCCCUACCCUGAACAAGACGAGGUCAAGCCAAAAAUCUGGUCGCUUGCACAAACAGCCACGUCGUUAAAUCAGGCAGAUUACACAUCGUGCAUGCACAGGGGUCGAGGCGGGCGCUCGUCCUCCACAGACUGCCAUUUAGACUUAGAGGACUCUCCUUUCACCAGCCUGAGAAACUGGGUAGAUGGCAUGUUUCAUGAUCCAUUGCUAAGGCAAAGCGACUUGAACCAGACUUUUUCCAGCUCUUCAAAUUUAUGGAUGUUAGAGAACAGAUUCCAUGAACUGACAGAUUGCGUUCCCUCGUCCCAGAUCACAUGAUCAACCAGGAAAGUGCAUUGUUUUUAUUAAGCUACUAAACCAACACAGUAUUUUAUUUAUGAAAAGGUACGCCUUUAAUCUACACUGCAGCACUAAAGCACCAUUGCAAAUGCUAAUGUUAAGAAGAAGCACAAAUGCACAAUUAGGAAAUAUACAUUUUAAUAUAAAGAUAGAUUUAGAAGAAAUUGUUCCAUUUUCAGCUUACGGAAAUGCUCAUAGGUAUAUGCCAUGUUUUUUUCCCUUAUAACCAUUUCAACAAUUUUUUGUGUUGUUGGCUGUCCAAAAAAAAAACAAACAAACAAAAAAAAAAAACACUUUCUGUCUCGUCCUUCUCCUUUUUCUUGAUUUUUCUUUUUUCUGUAUUUGCAAGAGUGUAUACAU